GAAUUUCAAGGACACAGCAGUGCAGUGCAUUUCAUUACGCCUCGCCAACUUCUGCUUCUUAACUGGCAAAUACACCUCCAAAAAAAAGACCGCUUCCUAAGCCGUCAAAUAAAUCCCCGCCACCAUGCCGCCUAAGCGCAUGACGGCGAACCCGGUGCGGCCGGCGCGGUACCGCGCUGGCAAGCCGGUAGGGAACGAGUCGGAGUCCGACAACGAGAGCAGCGCCUCGGGCUCGGGCUCAGACGAAGACGACGGCGACAAGGCAAAAACGACGACGCGACGCAAGAUCGUGCCGCCGCCAAAAUUCUCCUCCAGCGCCCCCUCGGGCCCCGGCAAGGUCAUCAGCCGCGGCAACAACGCCAAGAUCAACCUGCAGGGCGUCUCGCUGCGGCAGCAGGACGACGCCGAGAAGGAGCGGCUGCGGCGCGCACGCAUCGCCGCCGAGCAGCGCGCCAAGGCCGAAGGCUUUGUGACCGACGAUGAAGACGAUGACGAGGAGGGUGGCGAUAAGAAAGCACAACCAGGCGGAGGAUCCGAGAGCGGCGAAGAGAGCUCCGGGGAGGAAGAGUCGUCUUCAGAAGAGGAAGAGGAGGAAGAGGCGCCUCGCAGGCUGAUGAUGCGCCCGAAAUUCUUCAGCAAGAGCGAGCGCGAAGCGUUGGCUGCGGGAGGGGCACCAUCAACGACAACAGCAGCUAGCACGAGCAAGGCGACGCCUGCGCCGACAGCAGAAGACGCACAGGCUGAACAGGAGCAGAAGGAGGCGGCGCGCAAGCGGGCGCUUGACGAGCUAGUCGAGGAGCAGAUCAAGAAGGACUUGGCAGCGCGGCGCGGCGGCAAGAAGCACUGGGAGGACGACAACGACAACGAGGUGGGCGAGGACGGGAUGGUGGAGGGUGGAGCCGAGGUAGACGACACGGACGACGUGGACCCGGCGGCGGAGGAGGCGUCGUGGCAGCUGCGAGAGCUGCGGCGGGUGCGGCGGGAGCGCGAAGCGAUCGAGGCGCGCGAGCGCGAGCUGGCCGAGACGGAGCGGCGGCGCAACCUGACCGAGGACGAGCGGCGGGCCGAGGACGACGCGCACCUGGCGGCGCAGCGCGACGACAAGGAGGGCCGCGGCAAGAUGUCGUACAUGCAAAAGUACUUCCACAAGGGCGCCUUCUUUCAGGAGGACGCCGCCGCCGCGGGGCUCGCCGGCCGUGACCUCAUGGGCGCCCGCUUCGCCGACGACGUGCGCAACCGCGAGCUGCUCCCCAAGGCUCUGCAGAUGCGCGACAUGACCAAACUCGGCAAGAAGGGCGCCACAAAGUACCGCGAUCUCAAGAGCGAGGACACGGGUCAAUGGGGCCGCCUCGACGACGGCCGCGGCGGUGGGCCGCGGCGCGACAACUUUGGCGCCGACGAGCGCUUCCAGCCCGACGACCGCCGUGGCGGAGGCGGUUGGGACAGGGAUAGGGGAGGAGGAGGAGGAGACGGCGGUCAGGGCGCGAAUGCCAUACCGCUUGGCGACCGGAAAGUUGCGCUAGUCGGAGCUCCCGACGGCCCACGAAACAGCAGGCCGCAGGGCCAGGAUCGCUACGGCGGCCGAGAUGGUGAGCCAGACCGGGGAGGGGAUAGGGAUAGGGACCGCGACCGCGAUCGCGCUCGUGACUACAAUCGGCGUAGAGAUGAGGACCGGGACCGACGGCGGUCGAGGUCCCGGUCUCCAAGGCGGCGGGAGCGGCGGGAUGACCGCGACGACCGCCACGGCAGCGACAGACGAAAACGAUCUCCCUCUCGCGAACGGGAUCGGCACGAGGGGGAUAAGCGGAGAAGGGUAGAGACCAGGUAGAAAGAUCAUGUCAUAUCCAUCAAAUCGACAGAGAGAGAGAGCAAAAUUAAUUUGUGUAAAAUUCGCA